GUAUCGUAGAAGGUGGUGCUUUACUUUGGCAGUGAUUGGCAGUCCGAUUUAUUCAUGUAGGACCAUUAUUUGUCUUCAUUGCGGCUACAUUUGGGUAAUUAGUCGGACCGCCCUGGGCCUCUACCAAGGUGUGCCUUCGGGGAGAAAUAAGCUACCUGAAACUAACUGGAUUACCAGUCCAAGUACAUGUGACAUUUCCCAUAAAACUAAAGAUUCCAGUUGAAGGAAAAUUAGAUAAAUAAAACAGAUUCCUCACUGUACAAUUAUAUUUGACAAGAUGAACACCGCAAUGUUUUGGUGUCCAUUAACCAUCGGGUGUAAACAAUGGUUGGUGUGAGGGGCUGAGCCAGGCGUUAGGAAGGUGACACUUGUGUGUUGAAGAGACCUAGACACUGAGAAGGUAAAAAAGGGGCGUCUAACACUUGGGAAACAAGACGUGUGUAGUGUGUUAGCGUUAAUGGACUGUGAGUGAUGGCGCCACGGUCGCCCCGCCUACCAUCUUGAAGCAUCAUCGCCAUCUUUAUUAGAGUCAUCAAAGGCCAGGCGAGGUGAAGACGGAGUGAUGCCUGCAACUUGUGUUGCUUAUAACUGUAGAAUUCGUCAGAAAAAGGGGACUGGAAUAUCGUUUCACAGGUUUCCCUUUGAUAGACCUGAGCUGCUAAAGGAGUGGCUGAAAAACAUUAAGAGAACAAAUUGGCAGCCUUCACCAACAUCCUUGAUAUGCUCAGCACACUUCACUCCUGACUGUUUUGAAGGGAGAGACCCAAGAUAUCGCCCUAAGCUAACUAAGCUAAGAUUUAAUGCAGUGCCGACAAUAUUUGACUUUUCAGACCACAUUCAGAAGAGUCUUUUUGCUGCCAGGAUGCCAUCAUGUGCAGCAAUUGGGUGUAAAAAUAGAAAAGAGAAAAAGGUAGACCAGAAUGCCAGAUAUCCUGAAAAACCAGCAAGGAGUAUACAUAGGUUUCCUGUGUCAGAUCCUCCUCUUUUAAGAAAGUGGCUGCAAGCAAUGAAGAGAGAUUUCAUUCCAAAUCGGCAGAGCUUCUUGUGUAGCGACCACUUUACUGAGGCAGACCUAGACAACACAGAUGAGAUUGUGCGCUUACGAGAGGGUGCUGUACCUUCAGUGUUUGACUUUCCUCCAUACCUUGCCAAUAACAAUGCUGGAUCACAAAAGCCUGAAGGGAAUCUACAGAGAGUUGGAGUGGCUGAAAGAGGAAUGGAUUCUCAUAAUUCACUUGAAAAGAUAGAUGAAGACAAUGGAGAGAAAAAGCAACAGCUCCAGACCUCUACCUGUGGACCUGCUCCUCAGUUUCUCAAAGACCCAGCGUGUGUUUUUACUGAUGAACAAGAAAUAGAGUUAGUGAAAUGUUUAAUGGAGGCUGAUCAAAUUUUUGAUGGGUUGAAUAAGAAAGAAGUUCGAAGGUUUAUAUACGAGUUUGCAGUAAAAUUUAAUAAAAUUAUCCAUAAUCCAGUUUGGGAUUUCGAUGGAUUAUGUGACACUGCGUGGUUCAAAAAGUUUAUUGAAAGACAUCCCAGUGUACCCAUAAGAAGGAGAGUUAACUCAAGAGCGGUUCGAAAACUUGAUUUCACAUCAUAUAAUAUAAAUGCCCUUCUUGACACAGUGCCAAACUUGAUACUUGCUGGCAAUAACCCAGUAAAACACUGUAGCAUUCAAUUUGACGAUGGUGAUGAGGACAAUAGUGAGAAAAAUAUGCGAAUUUCACCAGGGAGUUACUUCAUAAAGAGGGACCAUGCUUAUGCUGGUAAAAGUGCAAAUAAUCAUUUCAGACAUGAAUGGCUGUACAGUACAGCCCCAGACCAUAUGGAACAAGAUGAUAAUUUGUUAAAUAGAGAUGUGUCUGAGGGUGACGGCAGUGGGAACAGUGGAGGUUCUCUGAGUGAUGGCAAUGUUGGAGAAACUGUUUAUGUGAUGGAGGAGGAAGAUGUUCUUGUACGGGAGGAGAACUGUGUGUUUAUAAAGGAGGAAAAGGAUGUAUUUGGUAGUGAUAAAGAUACGCUAUUUAUAAAAAAGGAAAAGGACAUGUUUGUAGAUGACGAAGAAGAUGUUUAUGUUGAUGUUGACGGUCCUGUGUCAUGUGUAGAUGAAGAGAAAAUAUUUAUUACAAAAGAAAAUAAUUUGAUUGUGAAGGACGAAAAUGGCGGAUAUAUGAAGGGACAAAAGUGUGUGUUUCUCAAAGAUGACAUCGGGUUUAAUAAAGAAAGAGUACAUAUGUUCAUAAAACAAGAGAACUGUACGUUUUAAGAAAACAACAUUUAUAAAAAAAUAAAA